CAUCAGCACUUCAAGGUCACAACUACGGAUAAGGGUCCUGGGGGAGGAAGAGACAUGUACUGUGGGCUACAGUGAUAUGUAAAUAUCAUUAAAACCCUGGUGUCGCCCACUGUUUAAUCACAUGAUAACGAUUAAUCUGCUUUACUAGGCCGCAGGAUCGGUGCCAUGUUUCAGCCUGCCUGCAGCUCCUGAAGGACCUCGUUGUUGGUGUUGGAACAGUUGCAACCAGCGUGUUUAAAGGGCCAGUACCCGGCGCUCACUCUUAAGCCGUCAUGGCGGACUCCAGCUUCAACAACCUGACAUCCCUCGCGCGGGCUUUAUCGCAGCCUACGCUGGAUCUGACAGAAGUGACCGAUGCCGUCUCUCACCAGAGAAAUAUCCAGCUGCAUUCACGCAGGAGGAGAAGGUUGUCGAACUCGAGUGAGUCCGUGGAGCCGGCGACUUCCCCCUCCGCCGUCGAGGCGCGAGUCCUGGUUAUAAACACCGGAGGGACCAUCGGGAUGACGCUUCAUGAUAAUGUGCUUGCCCCAAAAGCCAAUUCUUUUGUGAAGGGCCUGCGCAAGCUGCCCAUCCUCCACGAUGAGUUGUAUGCCCAGCAGACCUGCCUGUAUCAGUACUAUGGAUCGGAGAACAGCCUGGUCCUGCCGAAGCCAACGCCCCAUUCUGACCAUCUAUUUCAUGGGCUGAGUAAAGACAAUCAGAGGAUAGUCUACACUGUUAUAGACUACAACCCUUUGCUGGACUCCUCCAAUAUGACCACAGAUGACUGGGGUAGAAUUGGAAAGGACAUUGAGAAAAACUACGAAAACUAUGACGGUUUUGUGAUCCUCCAUGGCACAGACACUAUGGCUUACACAGCCUCUGCCCUGUCCUUCAUGUGUGAACAUUUGGGCAAACCGAUCAUUCUCACCGGAUCACAGGUGCCCAUCUAUGAGAUGAGGAAUGAUGGCAGAGACAACCUGCUGGGGGCGCUGCUGAUCGCAGGCCAGUUUGUCAUUCCCGAGGUGUGCUUGUACUUCUACAACAAACUCUACAGAGGGAACCGUGUGACCAAGGUGGAUGCUGGGAGUUUCAAUGCGUUCUCCUCUCCUAACUUGGCUCCUCUGGCCGUCGCUGAAGUGGACAUUACAAUCAACUGGGAUACAGUGUGGAGGGCAAACACCACGGCAAAGUUUCAAGUCAGCACCGAGCUGAAUAGGAACGUGGGCCUGCUCAGGCUGUUCCCAGGAAUCACUGCUGCUACUGUGAGGGCUUUCCUGCAGCCGCCCAUGGAGGGUGUAGUCCUGGAGACCUACGGCAGUGGAAAUGCCCCCGAUAACCGACCUGACCUGUUGGAGGAGCUGAAGAAGGCCACCGACUCUGGUGUCAUCAUCAUGAACUGCACCCAGUGUCUGAGGGGGACCGUGUCUGCAUCUUACGCCACCGGCAGGGCACGUCACUGCUAGUCAACCCUCACCCAUUUCUACUACAUUUUGUGAAUGUUGAAUUUCCCAAGUACAGAAUGAA